GCUUUAAAAGGUUUAGAUAGAUGUCAUGUAUCAAACGUGGUUGGCAACGCUCAAUGGUCAUCAUGUCUGCUCCUCAAACUUCAGCUUCAAAGGGUCAAGUGAUGCUAAAAGAAUAUGUUGGACAGAACAUUGAAACUGAACACAUCUUUCGGUGGAUGACCUCCCACCUGGCUCGUCGAAUCAAAACUGUACAUCAGUCUGCACAACUGCUUGAGGAGUGGCACUCCGAUCCAGCUCAUCCAAUCAAGAUGUUUCUGUUCACCCAUCUGUCCCAACCUCCUGCCUUCUUCUCCUCACUGUCUGUUAAGUUCACUGGCAGAAUUGAGUUUAUUUUAGUGGAUGUACGUCACUGGGACAACCGGAGCACCCUCUUAAAUAUCGGUGUGACACAGACCCCUUCUUACAUACUUAAGAUGCCAGAGGGUAUCUAUCACUAUGGUAACAGCACUGGGGAGUUUCUGUCUCUUGCUGCCAUGGAUACAUUCCUGCGUUCGGUCCAGCCUGAAGUCAAUGACCUGUUUGUCCUCAGCCUGGUACUCAUAAAUUUGCUGGCCUGGAUGGACUUCUUCAUUACACAGGGAGCAACAGUCAAGCGAUUUGUUGUUCUGAUCAGAACACUUGGAACCUACAACUCCAUAUUGCUGGUGUCUUGGCUUCCUGUUUUGGCUCUCAUUCAGCUCCCCUAUCUGGACACACUGUAUGGUUACAGUCUGAAGUUGAUUCGUUAUGUAGACACCACCACAUUCGCAAGUUUAGUUAGGGCUGACUGGACCUUUUACUCAUCCCAUCCAGCUCUCUUUCUGUCCACCUAUCUGGCUCAUGGCCUGUUGAUUGACUACUUUGAGAGGAAACGCCAUUGUGGYACAAGGAACCAAGAGAACUCAACAACCAACCUCCAGUGGCUAGCCAAUCUGUGGGACUGGUACACCUCCUAUCUGCUUCACCCUAUUACAUUAGUGCAACAGUUCCCAUCUGAUCUUUCAGAAUGGGAAGAUGAUCCCAGCUUUUUAUUUGAACGUUUAGCUUUCCCAGAUCUCUGGCUUCACCCAUUAGUAAAUGUAGACUACUUAAAAUCUCUUCCAACCUGGAAGGUUAAAACUGUUCUCCAGCAAUGCCAGUCUGUGUCUUGUGUACAUCAAGAUGAACAGGAUAGACUGCCAUCAAACAUAAACUGCCAAGAGCUGACAGAUUCCUCUCCUCCAAGCCUCAACAGACUUCCAUACAGUAGUUUAAGGCCAAUGGGAUCUUUGUGUAAUCAGGACAACAGGCUCAAUAUUUUGUGCAGGGAUCAAGAUACCAGCAGUAGUCAGUUUGUAAAGACUGUUUCUCUUGGUCCAUCUUGCUGUUGCUACAGAAAUAAAACCUUCCAAAAAGUUGACAGAUUUCUUGAGGAUGGUAGCAUCAUUCCUGUAGGAGUUCCUGUUACUCAGGUAAAUUGGUCUGGGUGGCCCAAUGACAUGCUUCCUUGUUCAGAGUGUGUGGUGUGUCUUGAGGACUUUGUGAAUGAGGAGCUGCUCAUGGGCCUGCCCUGUGGCCAUGCCUUCCACCAGCAGUGCAUUGUGGUAUGGUUAGCAGGAGGWAAGCACUGGUGCCCACUAUGUCGCUGGCCCAGCUACAAGAAGAAAAAYAUUAUAGUUGCACUARRCACCAUCACUGAAAACACAUUGCAGAACUGAUUCAUUAUUGUUAUAAUUAAACUCUGCAUCUUCUUUGAAGCUUAUUUGACAAUUGCCAUGUUUUAUGGUCACAAUUAAUCAGAUUCAAGGUAGACUGGUGAAGCAAUGAAAAUGCAUUAACAGUCCAUAAUCUUGGUUGGUUUCAUUCCUAGUAUUAUACAGUGCAACAAUCAUAAUAGUCGAUACAAGCAAGACCCAGGGACAGUGUUUUAUGUAUAAAGGGUCUAUUCUGCAUCACAAAGAGAGGAAAAGUGGAAAGACAUUGGUGUAUCUGUUUAAGAUUUCAAUGUAUGUUCUGUAUAUUUAUAAAGAAAUCUGCUUCUGGCUAAAAUAAAGGAAAAUAAUCUUCCAGA